AUGUCAACAGAGCGUACUAGUUUCAAUUUGAAUCCCAAUCAAUCUGCAGUAUGUCAACCAAGAAACCGGUUGAUAAUAUAUGUCUUAUUAGGUAUUAUAAUUAUUAGUUUAACGAUUACUACAAUUGUAUUCGCCGUGGUUUGGAAUCGUGCAAAAUCUCGUUCUCCUUCCGAUAAUGUUUAUGCAGUUGCUAAAGGGACAAUUGGCUUUCCAAUUCGUUUACCGGACGAUGGAGAAUAUGUGCAGUGGACAAUUUUACAAUUAAACGACGUUUAUGAAAUGCUACCUCUAGAUGAAGGUCGAAAGGGUGGUUUAGCUCGUGUUGCUCGUGCUCGGCAACUAUUAUUGGAAGAAAAUCAAAAUACAUAUACUAUUUUAGCGGGUGACUUUCUUUCACCAUCAGCAUUGAGUCAAGCAAUAAUUAAUGGUACGAGUUUAAACGGACGACAAAUGAUUGCCUCGUUGAAUACGUUGGGAUUGGACUUUGUUACGUUUGGUAAUCACGAAUUUGAUUUAAAUGAAACCGAACUUAUCGCUCGCAUGAACGAGUCCAAAUUUACAUGGAUUGCUUCGAAUGCAUUUCGACAAGGAACUGAUCAACCGUUCUAUUCCAGUAUACAGUAUAAAGUUGUGCCAAUCAAUAAUGUUCAAGUUCUUUUCAUUGGUUUAGUUAUCGAUAUUGUUAAGCCUUAUAUUCGUAUUAUCAAUCAAACAGCAUUAGUUCCAUAUGUUAAACAAUUUCUUCAAACGAUUUCCCAUGUUAAAUACGAUGUUUUAAUUGCAUUGACUCAUUUAGAUUUAGAGACUGAUAUUCAACUAUCAGAAAAUAUUCCUGAGAUUAAUCUAAUCUUAGGUGGUCAUGAACAUGAAGAUUAUUUUCUAACACGUGGUUCAACAUAUAUUCCAAUCACAAAAGCCGAUGCCAAUGCAUAUACGGUUUACAUUCAUCGAUGUGCAUUUAAUCUAAAUACAAAACGUUUGCGUGUCUAUCGAACAUUGAUCCCAAUUACGCCUGAAUUAGAAGAUGAACCAAAAACAGCCGAAGUAGCGAGUUAUUGGUACAAUUUAGGUAUCAAAGGUUUUGAACAAAUGGGAUUUGAACCAAAUAAAACCGUUUCCUGUUUACCAAAUGGCAUUGAACUUGAUGGUCGUUCAGUAUCGGUGCGAAAUUUUCCAACAUUGUUAACCGAUCGUGCUUGUGAAAGUCUCUUAAAAUCGACAUUUACGAAUGGUACAACCAUUGGUGUGUUCAAUACAGGAUCAAUACGCAUCGACGAUGUUCUUCGAGGAAAAAUAACUCAAUAUGAUAUACUACGCGUCUUCCCAUUUCAAGACAAACUCGUUUCUUUAUAUGUGCCAGGUACAUAUCUUGCCGGUGUUUUAACACAUAGUCAAUCAGCAAAAGGUAGUGGUGCAUUUCUUGCAUAUUGUGGUGUUACAACUCCAGACCAAGGAAAAACGUGGUUAGUCAAUGGAAAUGAUAUUACUAAAACUGGUCUCAGCUAUGGCGUAGCAACGAUAGAUUACGAGAGAGAUACACAGUUCGAUGAUCCAACGGUAACGGUUUGGCAAAACUUUAACGUUACACAAGCACUAAGUUUCAUCAGUUAUUUACAAACGACAUAUCCACCUUGUUAA